GGUAGGUGCCCGUCUGACCUACCAUCACAGUUGCAAGGGUGAUUGGGAAUCGCAUUAGCAUUUUUGAGGACAUGAGUCUGCUUCAGACUCUUUAUAAAUACAGCUUGACUCAGUCACUCUAUGACUGACACCCUUGGGACAUGAAGUGGAUACUGUUCCUUGGGGCCCUUAUUGGGCUCAGCUUCUGUGGCCGAGAAAAAUUUUUUGGGGACCAAGUUUUUAGGAUUAACGUCAGAAAUGGAGACGAGAUCAGCAAACUAAGUCAGCUAGUGAACUCAGACAACUUUAAGCUCGAUGUUUGGAAAGCUCCUUCCACCUUCAGUCGUCUUGUGGAUGUCCUGGUCCCAUCUGUCAGCCUGCAGCCAGUCAAAUCCUUCCUGAAGUCCCAGGGCUUAGAGUACUCAGUGACCAUCGGAGACCUGCAGGCCCUUUUAGAUCAUGAAGAUGAAGAAAUGCAACACAAUGAAGGGCAAGAGCGAAGCGGUAAUAACUUCAACUAUGGGGCCUACCAUUCCCUGGAAGCGAUUUAUCAUGAGAUGGAUAGCAUUGCUGGAGAUUUUCCUGAUCUGGCGAGCAGAGUGAAGAUUGGGCAUUCAUUUGAAAACCGGUCCAUGUAUGUACUGAAGUUCGGCACUGCAGAAGGCGGGCGGCGGCCGGCCGUUUGGCUGAACGCAGGCAUCCAUUCCCGGGAGUGGAUCUCGGUGGCCACAGCGAUCUGGACUGCGAGGAAGAUUGCAUCUGAUUACGGGCAGGACCCAACCAUCACCUCCAUCUUGGAGAAAAUGGAUAUUUUCUUGUUACCUGUGGCCAAUCCUGAUGGAUAUGUGUACACACAAAGUCAAAACCGAUUAUGGAGGAAGACACGGUCCAUAAAUCCUGGAAGCCGUUGCGUUGGUACUGAUCCAAACAGAAAUUGGAAUGCUAGUUUUGCAGGAGAGGGAGCCAGUGACAACCCUUGCUCUGAAAUAUACCACGGACCCCAUGCCAGUUCGGAAGUGGAGGUGAAAUCGGUGGUAGAUUUCAUCCAAGAACAUGGGAAUUUCAAAUGCUUCAUCGACUUGCACAGCUACUCACAGCUGCUGAUGUAUCCGUAUGGAUACACAGUGAAGAAGGCCCCAGAUGCUGAUGAGCUGGACAAGGUGGCAAGGCGUGCGGCCAAAGCUCUGGCUUCCCUGUCGGGCACGACGUACCAAGUGGGUCCUACGUGCACCACUGUCUCCUUUUCCCAGGGUAGAGAAGGACGUGGUAACCGCACAAGGAUUUCGGAGACAAUAGGAGGGUCUGUUCCGUAACCUCAGGGGGCGUGUCAUCGCAGUAGAAGCAGCAUCUCUAGAAAAAUCACAAAUGCUAUCAUGGGAAACAACCCUCAGGAAUUGUGGGAAAACAAAAGGAACCCAUGUCUUCAUUUAACAGACGUGUACUCUACUCAAUGGACUGGGAGGAGGUUGAAGAAAGCACGGGCUUUUAUCAGCAGAGGGACCCGGGUUUCAAUUCCAAUCCUGCCAUUUUCCGUCUGUAUUUCCUUAGGUAAAUUACCCACUCUGAGCCUGGAUUUCCUCAUCUGAAAAAUAAGGACGGUGUUACCCACCUCACUGGGGUUUUUAUUUUUUAUUUAAAAAAAAUUUUUUUUUAACGUUUAUUCAUUUUUGAGACAGAGAGAGAGAGAGACAGAGCAUGAAUGGGGGAGGGUCAGAGAGAGAGGGAGACACAGAAUCUGAAACAGGCUCCAGGCUCUGAGCUGUCAGCACAGAGCCAGACGCGGGGCUCGAACUCACGGACCGCGAGGUCAUGACCUGAGUCCGCCCAAGUCGGACGCCCAACCGACUGAGCCACCCAGGCGCCCCUCACUGGGGUUUUUAAAGAUUAAUGAGGUCAUACACGUAAACUUUCCAAUAUAAUGACGGGCUCGUGGUGGAUGUUCAAGAAAUGAUAGUUGCUGUGGACGUCAUUAUUUGGCGAUUCAGUGUCACCCACACUUUGCACUUUUAGCCAGUUUCUGCUCUAGUAGAGUUUGGCUGGGAAGUAGCAGGAAGGUAGGCCUCUU